AUGACACCUGACAAAGCUUUGGUCUUACGUAUCAUGUGGGAAAAAGCAGAAUCUCCAGGUCUCAACUGGGACCACCUGUCCCGUGUUCUGGCAAAAGAAAACGAAAGUGCCAAACGGCAUAGUGGGGUCGUUUUCAGGGAAAGGGAUCCGAAUGGAAUCACCUUAGAAAAGAUGUAUCAUACCAUUAUUCUCCCUGCGCUUAAAAGGGGUGACCUACCUUACGCUGAUGCUCCCCAACCGACCGGAACAAAUCGACAUGUCACGGAGACUGGCUUCACCGCCAAUCAAACGUCCUCGAACACAACAUCCGUCAGUGAAAACCGCAGGACAACAAGAGACGGAAGGGAUGUCCAGGAGGAUAGGUCUUCCGCACCUAAGAGGAUGAGUGGAUCCUCAGCGACAAGGAAAAGGAAGGAAAGAGACGAGGACUUCAUUGUAGAAAUUGAUGAGUUGUCAGAAGGUGAAACAGAAGCGAGACCGAGAAAGCAACCCACUCGACAAAAGAAACAACCUCUUCCCAACUGGGUGACAAGAGAUGAUUCCCCCCUCUCUUCGAUUGCCUCGACUCGAUCACCGUCACCUACUCCCGCAUCGGUUGAAUUCGACCAGGAAAACUUAACCGUUACUAGACCUCCCAUCGGCCAGCCUGUAGCAGUCUCAUCUCAUGUAACUGAUCAAACUGCCAACUCGAGUCGUCCACUCCACGUCAAAGGCGAACCUCCUUCAUCUCCUCAAGUUCCCGGGGGAUAUAUCCGAAACCGACAAUCUCCUUUGGCCGAACUCCAAGUCAAACCUGUUCUUCCCUCUUCACAACGCCGUACACUAUCAUACAGUUCGAAAAUCCGAGAAGAAAGUAAUCUCCUCGAAGGUUCAGAAGCCUGUUUUUCAUGUCGGAACUCCCAACCUCCCCGAGAUUGUUGGCAGAAUAAAGGUUCUCAUAAAUGUGUACCAUGUGGGACAGGUCCAUGUUCUCUUCAUCCGACUCCUGUGAAUGUGAAAAUAGGUCGAGGACUGACUUCAGUGGCUUCUUUGUUGAGGGGAAGAGCGUUGGACGCAAUGAGCAGGGGAGAGAAGAACAUUGGUGAUAUCGUAUUGAGUGUGGAUGGGUUGAUCCCUGCUUUAGAUUUUCAUGGAGGGGAUUGGCAGCAGCUGAAAGAGGUCAGCAAGGAUCUACACAAGGUUGAUGAAGAUGCGAGAGGACGUGGAGGAAGACAUACCGAAAUGCCCCCUAAACCUCCCAAAAGCAGGGUCAACAAAACGAUGUCGAUCAGUCCUCCAGCCGUGGCUGACCAUACCACAAAACCAUCUUUACCUGACAAGAACCUCGUUUUGGAAAUACUACUCGCUCGACUCGAUGCUGCGAAAGAUAUGGAUUGGUAUCAAUUAUCUCUCUCUCUGUCCUCCACCAACAGUUCCGACCAAGAUGAACACAAGGGUGGUAAACGGAAGAGUCCUGUGAUGGAGAAAGGCGUAGCAAAGAAGAAGAAAGAGGAUGACGAACUGAACGGAACUUCUUUAAGGGAGAUGUAUUAUAAUAGAAUAUUACCUGCGCUGAAAGAAGGUAAAGCACCGUGGAUCGAGAUGCCGGAAGAGGAUGUUUCGUCAGCCAGCGAGAAGGACCAGCCUAGCCCUAUCACUGAAGAAGUCUUCGAGGCACGCAGCCACCAGAUAGGUAGGAAAGUGGUGAGGAAACCUAAGGCCGGGGGACCUAUGGAGGAAGAUGAGAAUGAUGAUAAGAGCGAGAUCAUGACUGACGGUGCUCAUGAGGAUGAAGUGAUGAAAGACGAGGAUCUCGAAAGUGAGGAAGGGGACCUAUUGGAAUAUGAAAAUAAACCCAAGGAUCAGAAGAAGAGUGAACCUGGUCCAGUCCUUGUUCCUAUCGCCAACGACAAGAUACAGCCUGUGAAGAAGCCAAUUACUCGUAAGCUUCUCGGAGGUAAACCGAAAGAACCCAAACGUCCUCCUGGUCUAAAGACUCCUAAUAGUCCCGGACGAUUUAUCGAUGGCGACGGCGAGGUUUGUGAUGAUGUAGAAGGUAAUAACGAUGAGAUAUUGAGUGUUAUGUGUGUGGUAGUAGUGGUAGGUGAAAUCGUGAAAUGA